AUGUCAAACGAUAACGCUGCCCAAGGAGUUGGCGCUUUGGGAAGCGAAUACCUCAAUCGCAACCUGCUCGCGGAUGAACCUGAACCUCCUGCGUACACGCCGCAAAGCCCUCAUCCUCGCCGUCGACACUCCAUUAGACCACACAACGGGAACUUUUGGCAGGGAGUUGCGAGAAACGCCGGGACUCAAGGCCAUUCGAACGAAAGGCCUGUAUCACCAAUACCUGAGUCUCAAGAGCCUGCACCUGCACCUGCACCUGCACGAGAGCAGGAGAAUCUACCCGAAAGACCUGCUCGGAAUCCCGUUCGGAGCAACAGAUUGGUCAUCGCAGUAGAUUUCGGAACCACGUACAGCGGAAUCGCGAUCACAACCACAGAUGCCCAUCAUGCGAAUCUGGCGAAUAUAGAAGUCAUUUCGGAUUGGGGACCCAGAAUGAGUAACCUCGAGAAGGUGCCUAGUGUGAUCUCCUACUCCCAGCCGCGAAACGGGGAGAAGCAAUGGGGUACCGACAUCAGCGAAGGUGCCGUCACAAUGGUCAACCAGAAACUUGAGCUCGAGCUACAAGACAGCCGGCUUGACGAACUUGACCUGACCUUGUAUGUGUUGAAGGGGACAAACUACUUGGCGUUUGAGCACAUACGAGACGCAGGAGCUCAUCCAGAUUUCACGUACAAUACACCAGAAGAAGUGGUCACGGACUACUUGUGGCGGCUCUUCAAACGCACACGGCAGGCGAUCAACGAAGAGCAGAUUAUUGUGACCAACACGAAGAUUGACCUUGUAGUGACCGUCCCUGUUCCUUGGACUUACCACGGUUACAAUUCUAUGUUCAAGGCCAUCUCAAAAGCCGGCUUCAACUCAGAGCAGCUCCCAACGCUGAAGGAUAUCAUGGUGGUAUCUGAACCCGAGGCCGCAGCCUUGUUCACAGCUCAAGAUCUGAAAGAUCAAGGAACAGACUUUUUGCAGGAGAAUCACUGCUUCAUUCUUUGCGACGCUGGCGGUGGCACAGUCGAUGCCGUCGCUUAUCAAGUCAAGAAGGUGAAACCUCUCCUCGAGCUUGAGAGAGCGACCGAGCCAACAGGUUGUAAACGUGGCUCGGCAUUCAUUGACACCGAAUUCAAGCUUUGGUUGAGGGAUGAAGUCCUGGGCAGAGAGCUCUACGCCGACCUAGACCCUGCAAAUGCCCAGCAGAAACGAAUCAGUCCGCAUACAGCAGAGACAGAGGCUAUGAGGCAGCUCAUCAAGCGUUUCAGCUCCAACAAGAUUGUUUUCUCGAAUCACACAAGAGCGCCGAUCAAGAUUGACUUGCCUCCGCCGUUGGACAGCCUUGACCACGGCCGAUGGCGAUCGCUCUCCGAUAUGAUCUCGACUAAACAUCGCAGGGAAGAAAUGAAGUUGCUGAUGGACAAGUGUGUAAACCCGGUUAUUGAACUCAUCCUGGCACAAAUCGACGAGGCUGCCCGGCUCAAGGGGCGUCGCAUCAAGAACAUCUUCCUGGUGGGCGGGUUUGGGGCUUCUCCAUAUCUUCAAGAAGAGCUACAGGAGAGUCUUGACCUAAUACAGAAGAAAUUGAGACGGCCUGAUGCAGCUAAGUCCUUGACGGCAGUAGUGCAAGGCGGGGUUAUAUUUGGCUCACGCCACAAAGACGUCUCGUUCAUGAGAGCAGCUACGAAGAGUUACGGCGUCGUCAUUGGCAGUCAACGCCGCUUCCACCGGCUCAUCAAAAAGGGCGAUCUAAUCCUCUCGAACCAGACGUUGCCGAUAGAGAGUAGAACGUUCUGGGAGCCCACUCACAGACACGACCACGGGUAUUCGCUGUCACUGUACAGCUGCGACAACGAAGCAGACGACAAGGGGGAUGAUCUGCCCGAAGACUGGCACACGGGACAACAUGGUACGUAG